AUGCUCCGGCCGCCUACCGCGUCUGCCGUGGGGCCCAGAGCCGUGAUUGUCCUCGACCAUCCCGGCACCUUUCUCGAGGGCGAUGACUUGCUGCGCCGUUCGGUAUCGUUGAGCAACUUCAGCUCCCUGACGACCUUUCGCCGGCUGCAUCGCUCUGAGCUCGCCAAACGUAUGGCCGACGCCUGCAUCGACGGCGUGCACACAGCUGUCGAGUACAUCGACUCCCGACUCCUUGCGACCAUCGUGCUGCCUGCCCCUCGGCGACUGGUGAUGAACAUGCGGGGCGAUCCCCUUGUGGGGGACGGCGGCCGCGAUAAAUUCAACGUGGUGUCUUCCGAAACCGUGCGCGAGUAUGUGUUCAUCUUCUGGCCUGCAUUGUCAUACGAGGAAUGGUACUUUGGCGUCAUCUUCGACAUCGUCUACCCGGAGUGGCGCGAUGACGACUACGAGUCGGUCACGGUCGUCGGGUUGGAGACGUUGUGUGACCUCGGCACGGCGGCAGACAGUGCUGCCGAUCGCGAGGACGCUGCGGGCGUGGUCCGUGAGCGGAUGCGGAGACAUUACUAUGCCCGCAACGCCGAGAAAUGGCCCCCGGACUACCGGCGCAGCAUCGUCGAUCCCCUCUGCGACCGCCUCCGCUUCGUUAGGCGUGACGAAUGGCGCGCUGAGCUUGGAGAGCAGCGGGCGGAGGAGGUGCACCACAUCGUUGACCAGGCUGCUGUUGCGUUUGCCCAUUGCCUCUCAUUCACAAUCACACUCAUGCCGACUGCUUCAAUCAUACACGAUGGGCACCCGCACAUCAUGGACGCCAUCCUGGCGACACCUCGUAUACACACGCGCUCGCCGUUCCCUGUGCUGCCCUUCUGCCCCGGUGCGGUGCAGGCGCUCGACCUCAACACCAUGUGGGGAAUGAGUGAGGCGCAGGCCGACGCGUUCACGGCCUUGCACACGCUCAGACGACUGCUCUCGAACCACCGCACACGAGACACGAUGCGCCCGCGCACGCUUAUCCAGGACCGGAUCUUCCGAAGGGACCGGUUCAACUGCCGUGUGUACACGCCUGUUGUCCCAGCCUCGGUCGAACGCCUCGUCGCCGACGUCAUCUACGAGACACCCCGGCUGGAGGAGAAUGGGCAGGCAUGGAAUGGCCCCCUGCGCCUCGACAGGCUGCCGCCCAAAGUAGUCUACACGUUCGCAUUCGGGACCUGGCCGGAGACGAUGACGCUUGGACGCGCAGCUGAGUGGCUGUUUGACACCAUCGAGGGACACGACACACAGGUCACCGUUGUCGGGCUUGACGCGCUACUUCCGGACGGAGCAGACGAGGACGUCGCGCAGUGGUUCCACAGCCGUCGGGACCUUCUCGCCGCUCGCCACGGCGGCGAUGCGGACCUCGGGCUGGACUUGGUCGACCGCGCGCUCGACCAGAUGCGCUUCGUUCCCUCCAGCGAGUGGGAGGCCCCGCUGCCGAGCCGCCUCAAAGGAGAUGAGAUGCUCAUGAACCGGGAAGGGCCAGCCGUGAGUCCGCACCGUGCCCCGCGCUGA